ACGUCGCUCGCGAAUCUCGGGGAUUACCUGUCGAAGGCUCUCGCGGGUGCUGGGCUCGCUGGGGACCCCGACGCGACGCGCUUGGCGACGGAGUUCAGCACCCUGGCGUCCCAGAAGCUGGUGGCGGCUCCUGCGCCGCUCAAGCCCCCGCAUGCGCAGCUCAAGGCCCAGUCCAAGUUCGACGAGGCCGCCGCCGCGGUCAUGGCAGCCGAGCUGCAUUGCAUGGAGGUGCAGGUGGCUGCGAACCCGCCCGAGACGGCCAAGCAGUCUUUGUUCGGGGUGGACCCCGAGCUUCUCGAGAGCCUCGACGAGCUCGAGGAGAACGACAAGCAGGCGCUCGAGCAGUUCCAGAAGCAGCUGCAGGACGUCACACAGCAGGCGGAGGCCAAGCACAAGGAGCAGAAGGAGUUCCAGGCUCUGCUGGAGCGUGCGCGGCGGCGGCCAAGCGGCGCGCGCGCGGCCCCGAUGGCGAGGAUCGCGGUGCAGGAGAGCGACCAGAAGGCCAUGCUCGAGCGCAUCAAGGCCAGCGCUCAGGCGCAGGCGCGCGAGGCCGCUGCUAGCAAGGCCGCUAUCUCUGGCAAAGUGGCGGUGGCAGAUCCUGAGAGCAAGCGGUCCAAGAUGCGCGAGAAGCAGAGACAGCGGCGCCUGCAGUCGCUUCCCAUCGAGCUGCAGGAGGGCUUCGACGAGCUGGAGCCGCCAGCUUCGCCGCCUGCACCGUCUGCGUCUUUCGCCAUCCCUGAGGUUCUGGCCGGGAUUGGAUCGUCACCUGCCGAUAAGACGACGGAGUCUUUCGGCGAGAAGUCCACAGCAGAGGAGAUCGAGUUGUGGAAAGCGAUGGCUGCUGACCUGGAUCGUGUUCCAGUUGGCCAGCUCCCCUCCCUGGUGGACACCGCGCGGAAGUGGGCGGGCUCGUCGUCGUCGCGGGCUUUGUUAGCUCCACGCGCGUCCUUCAUGAAGUGGGCAAAGGAGCCCCGGACGUCGAAGCCUGGAGCUGCACGUCGGCAUGUCAAGCAGGCCCCUCCUUUGGAGUGGGAGGGCAGUGAUUCUACUGGCGCGAUCGCGACGGACAAGCAGAGGGCAGUGAUGGAUCAAGGCGCCGGCGCUCUUUCCUUCGAGCACGCGGUUUUGUUCUUGGAUCUCGCCAAGUUUUACAAUUCGGUGUCGUUCGUGCUGGUCUUGCAGGACGCGCGCGGCCCCAUCGCCGCGGUGCAGGCCACUCUUCUGCAGAUUGAUAUGCUCGGAGCUUUCAUGGGCGAUUGUGCGCAGCUGCAGUGGAAGAAGGCGGCCCACCAUGAGGCUGGCGAGGAUAUGGCAGCAGGCGCUGACAUGAAGACGGCGCAGAUCGAGUUCAACCGCCUCGCUGCCCAGUCCAAGUUCGACGAGAGGGCCGCCGACAUUGCCCUCAUCUCGGGGGGCCAGUGGACUCGCGAGCGGCAGAUCGCCGCAGGCCCGAACGGGGACUUCUGGGUCCGCGCGGCUCGAGCGCUGCGCAACCGUGGCCCUGGGGGCGCUUCGGUUUGGUGGACCCCCUCCCACAAGGAGGACAAGUUGCAGUCGGAAGACUCUGUGAUCGAUGAGUGUCUGGCUUGCUCAUUCAGCCGCUCGUCUGAAGAGCUCGCCGACUUGAUGCAGGUGCCCGAGGCGUACGCGCGGGCCCUGGAGCAGAGCCUGCCCGCGUGCAGAGCGCGCCGGGCGCUGCUGCGCGCGCAGGCCGCGGAGGCCCGCGCCGUGGAGGGCGACCCAGAGCUCUCGGAGAUGGUCGCCGAGCUGCGCGAGGCGGCCGCCGCGGGGGGCGCGCCGCCGCGCGCGGGCGGUGCGGCCUGCUGCGGGGGGCUGUGGCGCGGCGCCCGGCGCGCUGCCGCGCGCGCGCGCCUCGGGAAGAGGGCGCCGCGGGCGCCGCGGGUGCGCGGCGGGGGCGCGCUCGGUCGGAGGGGCAGCUACCGGGCGAGCGAGCAGCAGGAGUCCAGGGUCCCGAGGGGCCACGACUCCAAGCAGAGGUCACAAGCCACCAAGAUGGCUGCAAGGAUGCGUUACCGGCUGCCCUUGCACACAGGCCGAGGCCGCGUCAAUGUCUGCGCCGACGUCGACACCACGACCCUCCACAAUAUGGCAAGGCUGGCGCUGGAGAUGUGCCCAUCACGUGAGCUGCCGACUAGGCGCGCACACAUCUACACGGACGGCAGCUACAACGGCAUCCCACAUACAGCCGCCUGGGCAGUUGUUAUUGUCGACGAGUAUGACGAUGGGCGAAACUCACGAGGCCCGUUUGGCUUUCGGGGUUUCAUUGCUGGCAAGGCCACCGAGUCCCUACACGACAUGGUAAACAGCGAGAAGGUGACGGCAUACACAGCUGAGCUCACGGCAGUGCUUUGGGCACUAAUGUGGGCCCUUGGUCAAGACACCGCCGCGCCCAUCGAGAUCACGCCUGACGCCCUCAACGUUAUCAACCUGGCCAGCGACAAAGCCCAAUGCCAUGUACAUCCGAAGCUGGGGGCCGCCAUUCGCACGCUUGCUGGCCUCCUCCAACAAGCUCGACCUACUCAGUGGCAUCAUAUUAACUCGCACAUUGGCCACCCUUGGAACGAGCUUGCAGAUGGGAUAGCAGAUCAAGCUUCGGCCAGCGACCUGAUGGACCCGAAUACUGCACCAGUGCAGGCGAUCGCGCACAACAAGUUCCGUUCCUGGGAAUGGUUACGCUCAGCGCCCGAUGCGGUCAAGGCCGCGUACCCACCCAUGCGGAACCAAGCCUUCAUUAUCGGGGCCACUCAGCCCCAGGCAGCCCCAUGUGCGAUCCAGAGGCCCAUCAGCACCACCACCAUCAAGGCCGACCUCAGCCUGAAUUUGUGCACCUACAACUGCAGAUCACUCAAAGCCGCCGUCAGCUUCAAGUCGGGCAAAGGCAAGGCGGCCAGCAAACGCAAGCAGAGCAUCUCCAAGGUCACGCACCUAGCAGCGCAGUUUGCUGACAUGGGCCUGCACGUGGUGGCCCUCCAGGAGACGCAGAGCGAAGGAGACGUCCGCAACGUUGGAAAAUAUGGUUGCUACUCCUCAGGCCACACGCAGCAGAACAGAGGAGGCGACAUUUGGCUCAACGUCUCCCAGCCGAUCAGCGUGAGUGGGACAGCGAAGUACCUAAGUGCCAAAGACACCCUCGUCCCCCACCAGCACGACAGGCUCUUGAUCAUCAAGACCCGCGUUGCAGGCACAGACAUGGUCAUCGCCUCCGCGUACGCACCCCACGAAGACUCCCAGGCGGCUGAGAAGACAGAACUCUGGGAGUCUGCCAAGCGACUGUCUGCCAAGUACCACGUGGACACCUUCAUGGGGGACCUGAACGGGCGUCUCGGCGACUAUGAAUCCCCGGGAGUUGGCGCCAGUGGAUACCCAGAACCGACCAACGGCAAUGGCAAGCACAUCAUCAGCUUCGCAGCCGACACCGACAUGGAGGUCAUCAACACCACGAAGGAUCCAGGCAACAACUCGUAUACGCAUAUCGGAUCGAAGGGGCAGCGCCACAGGAUCGACUACGUCCUGCUGAGCUCCUCCAUCGCCCCGUACGUUGCGAGCUGCAGCACGGAGCCAGGUCCUGACCGAGGCACAGCUGCACAAGACCACAUACCAGUACUCGCCACCCUCAAGUGGGCUGUCUGCAAGAACACCAAGGCCUCAGGACCGCGGCCCGAUCUGACCAACCUAAACAACGAUGACGCCAAGGCCAGCUUUAAGGAGAUUCUCAAGCAGGCCCCGAUCAUCCCCUGGGAGGUGGACGUCAACACCCACUGCGAGGAGGUCACCAGAGUCGUCAACAAUGCGGCCAUCCAGGCCUUCGGCAAGGCCGUCAAGGCAGCGAGGAAGCCCUACGCCACCAAGACUACCAUGGGCCUAAUCCGAGCCAGGCGCCUCACACUUCGAGCCCAUCGCGCAGUGCUCAGAGGAGAAGCCCAUGACGACCGACCUGGACGACUAGUAGCCCACGCUCACUCUCUUCUUGGAGGCGAGGUCGGGGCCUCACUGGCCCUGUGGAGCAGAGAGCGUGGCGACGACGAUGGCACCAUCCACGACAUCCACGACUACGCGCACCUCCUCCUGAACUGGACGAUCUCGCCCAUGGUCUACGCCAUGGCCAUCCUCUCCUUCCUCACCAGGUCUGGGCUGCUCGUUGCCUCGGCCGUCGAGAAGGACCGCAGCGCCUUCCUCAGCCGGCUAGCCUCAACUGCGUCCUCCGCCUCUGCUGCGAACGACGCUGCGGCCCAGUGGAAGGCCUAUCGCGAUCGAUUAAGGUACGGCGGGAGGAAGGCGAAGUUCCUUGCAGGACAGCCGAUGAGGCUCGACAAGGACGGAGAGGUGAUCCACAAUUCCCAGGACAUGGCGGACCAGGAGCUCAACCAUUUCGCGAAGAUACAGGCAGGCAAGAUCGUGACAGCGGACGAUCUCGCCAAUAAGUAUAAUCAUGACAGCAAGACCAGGCCCUUCGACGGCACGCUGGAUCUCUCCAUGGUGAUGCCCCUGGCCGUCUGCCAGGCCCAGUUCGCCGCGGCCAAGGCUGGGGCGCAAGGAGGCCCUGACGGACUCACGAACGCCGUCCUCAGGGCGGCUCCUACAGAGGCAGCCGCGCUACUGCACCCCCUCUUCACCAAGGUGGCGACCACCGUACGGGAGCCGCUGAGCUUCAAGGGCGGGGAUCUGGUCGCCAUCCCCAAAGGAAAAGGCGACCCGCGAUACCUCCUAGCGUACCGCGAGAUCCUCUUAAACAACGUCCUGGGCAAGCACCACCAUAAAUACCUAAGGGCCAUGCUCAACACUACCCUCGCCGUAGCGCUGGAGGACAUCCAGGUUGGCGGCCGGCCCAAGCGAGGGGCUGACAUGGCGGCCCUGGCAGCGCGCCUCUUCACAGAGAGAAGCCAGGCCCAAGGGAAGUGCUCCAUGAUCAGCUGCUACGACUUAAAGGAGGCCUUCUACUCAGUUGUCGUCCAGCUGGUCCACGGCAUCCCAGGCGAGGAGGACGAAGUCAAGGAGGUGCUAGAUAACCUAGAAGUUCCCCGAUGGGCCCAGCCACAAUUGGAGCACCUCAUGGCCAACCCAGGGAUACUAGACACAGUGUUGGACGGCUCCCACCUGGCUGCCCUCAUAGCAGAAGGGCAUCGCAACAGGUGGACAUCGCACAGGUUCUCCCAGAACUUCAUGGCGCCGCACAAGGGCACGAGGCCUGGCGUGCCCCUAGCCGACGCGGACUUCAAUCUGCUCUUCGGCCGAGUCCACCGCAUGAUUGACAGCUACCUUACGCAGCGUUCAUCAUACCGAGCCAAGUACUGCCACUUCGACCAGCACGACGGUGCCGAGUACCACAGGAUCGAGGGCCAGCUAGUCAGCCACUGCUUCAAUCAGAGCGACGGCGAGCCCUGGCCCACCGCGCUCCAAGGCCUGUGCGCUGCCGCCCAGGACAGGCUGGGGCCACCCAAGGCAAGGGCCCUGGAGUCCACCGCCGGCCGAGACCUGUCCUGGGGCUGCGCUCUGGUCAGGGUG